CACUGAAACCACAGACCAUAACACAACAGCAUGCGACAAUUGCAGGAUGCGAGGCGCUCGGCUCCCAGUGUGAACAGAAUCCAAUUCUGAGAAGGAAUAGCUCUCGGAAAGUAAACCUGAUUUGAAGUAGGGGUUGAAUAAUUUUGACCUCAACUUUAGAUAUAGACAGGCCUUGGUUAUUUAUAUGUCUCUCUUAUCAUUUUGAUGCAAGCCACUUAAAUGCUUUGCCGAUUAAGCGGUACAGCCGUACCUUGGUUGUUGAAUGGAAUCCGUGAUUGUAUUAUUCUUUUAUUAAUUUAAUAUGCCGUAAACCGCUUUGAAGAUACUGACAAGCUGGAACAUGUCCAGAGGAGGGCAACCAAAAUGGUCAAAGGCCUGGAAACGAUGCCUUAUGAGGAACGGCUUAGGGAGCUGGGUAUGUUUAGCCUGGAGAAGAGAAGGUUAAGGGGUGAUAUGAUAGCCAUGUUCAAAUAUAUAAAAGGAUGUCAUAUAGAGGAGGGAGAAAGGUUGUUUUCUGCUGCUCCAGAGAGGUGGACACGGAGCAAUGGAUUCCUACUACAAGAAAGAAGAUUCCACCUCAACAUUAGGAAGAACUUCCUGACAGUAAGAGCUGUUCGGCAGUGGGAUUUGCUACCAAGGAGUGUGGUGGAGUCUCCUUCUUUGGAGGUCUUUAAGCGGAGGCUUGACAGACAUAUGUCAAGAAUGCUUUGAUGGUGUUUCCUGCUUGGCAGGGGGUUGGACUGGAUGGCCCUUGUGGUCUCUUCCAACUCUAUGAUUCUGUGCUUCUAUGAAAAAUGGGAGUUGAGAAAGGACAUUCUUUCCCGGGACUGCCUCUAUUUGUUAGAUCAGGGAUGGGGGAGAACCCGUUUCAAUCGCUUCGGCUGCCUUCCGACUGACUAGCCACAAGGGGGCGCGGGGCACAGGCGCCGCCGCCGCGCGAGCUCUACCCGGAGUCUCUUAAUCCGGAGUCGCUCCGCUUCUCUCGGGUGACUCGGAACCGCCACCGGUUCAUCCCGGGUGCUGGGCAGGAAGGUGAGAGGAGGAUGAGACAAAGCUGCCUGUCAGAGAUCUCCGGGAAGCAAGGGAAAAGCAAGCGAAGGAUGUCGGAGCAGAAAAAGUCCCAGAGUUUGGAGGAGCCGGUCGGCGAGGGAGCCAGGAAUGGACACAACCCGCCCCUUUCGCGAUCCAAGACGUAUGAUCCGUCUUACUCCAAAGAGGCCGAGAAAGAACCUUUGGCCUCUGCUCAGCACAGGAAUUCGGACUCCAAUCUGGUAAAACACACUCUCAACUUUCGAAGGGUGUUCAAAGACUUCCCUGAGGAGGAAGAGCUCUUGCAGACGUUUCCGUGCGCCUGGCAGCGGGAAGUGCCUUAUCACGGCCGCCUGUAUAUCUCCGGAAGUCACGUCUGUUUCUACUGCAGCAUGGUGCACCGGGAAGUUAAGGUCGUUAUCCCGGUUCCAACCAUCAGCAUCCUCAAAAAGGCCAACACAGCUUUGCUGGUACCCAAUGCCGUCUGCAUCCGGACGUCGGACGGCGAAAAGUUCCUGUUUGGGUCCCUCCGCUCCCGGGAAACCGUUUACCAGCUCCUGCGCUCCAUCUGCAAACACCUCCAGGACGGCAGCCGGAACAACAGCCCAACCACAGCAAACAACAUUUCGGACCAGCUGCUUAAGAUAUCCCUGACCCCGAGGGAGCUGGACGGCAGCCGGACGCCCCCCUUGGACGAAACACUCCCGGAAGCGCCUGACGGGGCAGAUAGGACACGGAGUCCCCCGACAGCAGCUAUCGAACCACACCAGGCAGCAGCAAACAGAGGAGGGGUACGGUCAACAAAGUCCUGGCGGAGCUGGAAGGCUCACCUUAGCCCUCUCAACACCCUCAUCCUCAUCUAUCUCUGCUUGGUGGUGGUCCUGCUCCUUUCCUCGGGGUACAUCGGCCUGCGCAUCGUGCAGUUGGAAGAACAGCUGACGUCCAUGGGAGCGUGGCCCGAAAUAGACCUGCAACAGCACCAGUAUAAGACAACUUGAACAUCUCGCAAGCUGUCCAGGCCAUUUGCUGACGGUCGGGAAAAAGAGAUAUAGGGAUGCUGAGCAUCUAGUUCCCCCCCCCAGAUGUUUCCAGGAUUCCAGCAACGAAAUUAGCAUCCAGGGGAAAAAAUUUUUAUUUUGUUUUUUGAAAAACCAGCAAAAUGUCUGGGGUUUUGGAAAUAGAACCGGGAAGCUCAACAACAUUGGGGGUGAUAUCCUCCCCCCCUCCUAUUUUCUAGGGGGGGUGGGAAGCAGUGCAACAGUCGAUUCUUCUUCCGGGAACAAAGGUUCGCCAGCAAGAGACUGAAAAGCAGCGAAAAGCACUUUAAGGAAGAAGGAAAAACACUUUUUUUAAAAAAUAAAAAAAUAAAUCCAACUGUUUAUUUAUACAUUUUAAAAUGAGAAGUGUUGCGUGAACGACAAUACGUUUUGUGGAUGGAAUAAUGUUUUAAGUAGUGUGUAUUCCUAAGUGGAUGUUUGAUGGGCGGGGUAUAAAUUUUAUUAUUAUUAUUAUUAUUGGACAGCCAGUGUGGUUUUUGCCAGAGGUUUUUUGGAAGUGGCAUAUUAUUUUGGAAGCGAUGGCGCCUCGUUGCGUUGGAAAACCGGGAUUAUUGGCAAAGCUGGAGAUUUUUCAACUCGCCUGCAAUCCAAGAGUGUUAAGAUUUAGGCUCCUUUUGGAGGAGAGGAAUUGGUCAGAGUUCAAGGGCCGAAUGGUUCUCUGACUGGCCCCUGGGACAUUCCUCAAACCAGAGAAUACAGAGAGCUGCCUGUGCGGAUCUAGAGGUGAAAUUUGCAUUUGUGGCCCCACCUACCUUUCCUCUGGCUCCGCCCACCACUCUCAGGUGGCCCCCAGGAAGUUGUCUGGAAGGGAACACGGACCCGGGCUCAGGGUCAAUGGGAGUCAGUCUCUGUAUCUUAUAUGCCAAUUGCCUUAAUAAUAACAAUAAUUUUAUUAUUUAUACCCUGCCCAUCUGGGACAGUGCUUUAGAACGUGAUUACUGUAGUAAAUUAUUAUUAUUAUUAUUAUUAUUAUUAUUAUUAUUAUUAUUAUUAUUAUUAUUAUUAUCUGGGGAGACUGCUUCCUUGGCCCCAUCUCAUAAGAAGCCUUUCCAUCUAAUGUACCGGGGCAGAAGCCCAGUUCUCCGAUCUGUUAAGGUCACUUUUAAUUUCGAUUCUUCUCUUCCCAUCCCAGUUUGGUGCCUUCUGUAAAUUUGAUGAGCAUCCCCUCCAUGCCUUCCCUUCGUUUCGGGAAGCUUUUAAUAUCUGAUGAAUUAUUGAAUAUUUUGGUGGAAGCCGCCCAGAGUGGCUGGGGGAACCCAGCUGGAUAGGUGGGGUAUAAAUACAUUAUUAUUAUUAUUAUU